UAGAAUCGGCCUCCAUCGGUGAUCGACCGACGUGCUUUUCCCGCCAGAACGCGCUCCCGCACAGAAGAAACAUCACCGAAAGAGAACACUUACUUGACAGCACCGCCAUCAUGUCGACAUUUGGAGGACCAGGAGGCCGCACGACCUUUAGCAAACCUACGCCACCGGAACGAGGCAGUUUCCCGCUCGACCACGAGGCAGAAUGCCAGCCCAUCAUGAAGCAGUACUUGCGCUGCAUCAAGUCCAAGCGUGGCGUCAAUGAUGAAGAGUGCAGGCAACUCAGCAAAUCCUACCUGCAAUGCCGCAUGGACAGAAACUUGAUGGCGCCGGAUUCAAUGCGCAAUUUGGGAUUUGGGGAUGAAGAUGAAAAGCAGGAUGCAAUGAAAGCGAAGGUCAAAGCGGAGCUGGACGCGGAAGAGAGAGCAAAGCAGAACAGCGCAGGGAAGAAGUGAUACGGCUUCGCUUCAGGGUGGCUAUCAGAGCACGGGAGAGUCGGUCAACAGCACAAAGAGACAACAGCUGCACUCCAAAAAGCAGAAGCCAAAUCCCAGCUCGAGCAGAGAUGCGGCAUCGCGAUACUCCACAAUCUCCAGCUCACGCUCGGCACUCGCGAACGCCAUGAUCCAAACGGAGAAUGCCACUAGGACGUCCCACCGCCUCCGUCAACACAUCACACGGCAUCAGCAGCAGCAGCAGGAGUGACGAAACCCGCUCGGGCGGAACCGUGAGACCGACCACCUCGCCCCAAGCAAGGGAUAAGCUGCAGAACGCACCCCAGCAACAGGCUUAUCUGAACUACACGAAGGCGGUCUGACUUCUCAGACAUGAACAUUUGGAAUCGAUAUUCUUCUU